CUGCAAUUUAAUUAUCUUGUUAUUAUUAAUGUCAACUUAUUAUUAUACAUCGCCCACCAUCGAGUGUUAUAUGCGCGCUACCCAUAAGCAGGGAUCACUAGCUAUGAAUUUUUAAUGAGCGAUCGACAACCAAGCAACUGAGGCAACACCAAUUUGAGUAGAAGCAAUAUGGCGGCGAGAAAUUGAAGUUAUUUUUAACAGGUGUAACAUAUAUAACGCUACAACUACUGUGAUGGGCCUCGGCGGGGGUUAAUGGCUGUACCCGUCACUAGCAUCACCUGUCCGACAUGCGGAACGCACAGUGCACCGAUAUCAGCACACCGGCGGCAUUUGCCGAUGUGUCCAAAUUGUAGGGGAGAAAUGUCAACAACAUCGACUACUUCAGUGCCAGUAACGAGAACGAGAAGAAAUAGGUUGACUGCAUCAGCCGGCGCCACGGCAACGCCAAGCACUAGCAGGGACCACUUGCCACCGUUAGAUGGCAAUACCAGUAAAAAUGAACAAGACCGAACUGGACGAAGUACACGUUUCUCAGGGCUGUCAAAUUUCUUUUCCUUUGGUAAAAAUAAAAACAGGAAUCAUGAUAAGGAUCUUGGAAGGUCUUCAGCUCAAAAGGAAUUGCCACCAAUAAGUCCUGGACCGAAUUCACUUGUAACAACACCAGUAAAUACAACCCCAGACUCAAAUUCAACAGAAAAAGAAGACAUUAUUCUGACCAAACCAAAGAGCUAUAAAGAUUUUCAGGAUGAAGUUGAGAAAGCCAAAUUGUCUGGUGACUACAAGACUAUCUUAGAGUUCCUAGAAAUAACUUUCAGUUCAUUUCACAAUUUGAAUUUGACAUUCAAGAAAAACCCAAGCAAAGAGUACAACACACUGGAUAUCUCAGGAGUAGAUCAGGAUUUCCUUAAUAGUGUAUAUGAAUGUAUGGAUGUUGUCCCGAAUGAUAUCAAAAAAGCUGUCUUGAAAGCCAUCAUUAAUAGUUUACUCAAAGACAUGAAAAAACCACGUAGCAAAGAUGAUUUACGAGCAUAUUUGAUACUGGUACAGAAUCCACAGUUUACGGGUAUAUCUACCUAUGUCAUAUUUGCGCAUCUAUUACGACAGAUGGCCGCCCUGCCCGACCAGGACCAUCAUUUUCUAGUGCAUUGGUUCAAACUACUAUCACCAGAGAAUUUUAAAGCUCUCGUCCAGAGAUUGUUGCAGUUUAUCUCAGUGAGGUUGUUCCCACCGCACCCCGCUGAAUUACCACCUAUGAAUAAAUGUACGUGGUGGAUACCAUCUGCAACUAAAGUGUUAGCACUGCCAUAUGCUGCCAAUACAUUGUCUACUCCGCCCAUUAUCCCAUAUACAGAUUUCUACAAUUCUACCCUGGAUAAUAUGGACCUGAUGUCAGAGUACUAUGCAUGGCAAAAACCAUCAUCCAGUCAAAUGUUUACUUUCUGUCAAUAUCCAUACAUUCUGAGCUUAGCAGCAAAGAGGACAAUAAUGCAGAAAGAUUCAGAACAGCAAAUGAUAAUAAUGGCUAGGCGGAGCCUUGUUGCUAAGGUGCAGCAACGACAGAUUCCUGAUAUGGGCAUGUUGUUUUUGAACCUUAAGGUCAGAAGGUCACAUUUAGUGCAUGACUCUCUUCAUGAAAUUGCUGCUCAGAAAGUUGAUUUAAAAAAGAAAUUGCGAGUGACCUUCGCAGGUGAACCUGGUCUGGAUAUGGGCGGGCUCACCAAAGAGUGGUUCCUUCUGCUUUUACGAAAGAUUUUCAGACAAGAAUAUGGUAUGUUCUCCUAUGAUCAUAAAUCACAUUGUUUUUGGUUUAACCAUGCAUGUACUGAUUCUAUGCAAGAAUUCAAUCUUGUGGGAGUGUUAAUGGGACUAGCGGUGUAUAACAGCAUUAUAUUAGAUAUACACUUCCCGCUAGCUACUUAUAAAAAGUUAUUAAGUCCAGCAGUUGUACCGUACAACAAUCCUAGGUCAUCUGUUGGAAGGGCUACAUUCACUCUAGAUGACUUAGCUGCAUUACAUCCGGAUUUAGCACAUGGUUUGAAGGAAUUAUUGGAGUAUGAAGGCGAUGUGGAGGAAGAUUUAUGUCUCACAUUUCAGAUUAAUAUGCAAGCCUAUGGUACUGUUGUAACACGUCCUCUGAAGGCAAACGGAGAAAACAUCCCUGUUACUAAUGAAAACAGACAAGAAUAUGUUAAUUUGUAUGUAAAUUACAUUUUGACUGACUCAGUGUACCACCAGUUUGCUGCAUUCUAUUAUGGGUUUCACAGUGUCUGUGCGUCUAAUGCACUUCUCAUGUUGAAACCUGAAGAAGUAGAAAUAUUGGUUUGUGGCAAUCCAAAUCUCAAUCUAGAGGAACUUGAAAAAGUUGCCACCUAUGAAGGUUACAAACGACAUGAUGCCAUGAUCAGAUAUUUCUGGGAGACUGUAAAGUCGUUUCCGCUGCAUAUGCAAAAGAAAUUGCUGUUAUUUACCACUGGCAGUGAUAGGAUACCGAUCGGAGGAAUGUCUGAGAUGUCUUUUAAGAUAAUGAGAGUAGAUACAUCACCAGAUAUGUUACCGAUGGCGCACACAUGUUUCAACCAGUUAUGCCUACCACCUUAUAGGACGAGAAAACAACUCAAGCAGAAAUUGAUAAUAGCGAUCUCCAACGCUGAAGGAUUUGGAUUGGAAUAA